AUGUUGAUGAGUGCACCUACAUCUGGUGGCGUGCCGUUGUUCAAUCUCGUCAAGAACCCAAUGACCUCUUCACUAGAUGGAACAAUGCCUCCCAACGAGUCCUGGAAUGCGAUUAUAUCAAAAAAAUCAGGCAAUCUACCAUUUGCCAAGGCCUCCAAAAUUCUGCGGAGCGCAUUAAUAUCAACACCCUGCCCAUCGGCUCUCGCCACCAAUUCACUACGCUUCUUGUGGCCUCCAUCGCUUAGUGGCCCACCCACAACGGUUGAUAGUAGAUGGAGCAAGUUGCUUAACUCUUUAGCACCAAUGUCAGCGCCGCCGACAGCAGUCUGGAAGAUACGAAUAACUCUGGCGGCAUUCUCACCAAACUGUGGUAUGUUCUCGAGAAGGUCUGCAAGAUCCGACAAGUUGGGGACAGCUGGCGCAGCUGGCUUCUCGUCUUCACCAUCGCGCCUCUGUAGAACCUGGGCGGGAACACGCACUGACUGGUACUUGGAUGGCGAGUUGAAUACGUCCUGCAGGUACUUGAAAAUAUCAUCCAGCUGA